AUGUUAAAGCAUGCCUUAAGGGUGAUGUAAGUCUUCAGACCUAAGUUAUUGCAUUGUGUUCCUUUAUAAACAUUGUCAAUAAGAGGACCAUUAUUUACAAGCAUUCCUGUUAGCUAUUUCAGCACAACAUUGCCAAAACAUAAGAAAUUAGAAAUGCCUGCUCUAUCACCAACAAUGGAGACAGGAAACAUUUAGAAGUACUUGAAGAAAGUAGGUGACCCCAUUACAGCAGGUGAUGUACUUUGCGAGGUUGAGACUGAUAAAGCAACUGUGGGAUUCGAAAUGCAAGAUGAGGGAUUCUUAGCCCAAAUCCUUGUUCCUGAAGGUUCAAAGGGAGUCAAAGUUGGAUAAUUAGUUGCAGUAAUUGUUCCAAAGCAAUCAGAUGUGGCAUCAUUUGCUAAUUACAAAGAUUCUUCAUCUUAGUAAUGUUCUGCGGCAUCAAAACCAGCAGCUCAACCCUAAUAAUCUUCAACUCCUUAAAGAGCACAACCAGCAGCAACAGGAGGAGCAUUCCCCAAACACUCAAAAUUAGGUCUUCCUGCUUUAUCACCCACAAUGGAGAAAGGAAAUUUAAUGAAAUGGUUGGUUAAAGAGGGAGACAGGAUUAGUCCUGGAGAUGUGAUUUGUGAGAUUGAAACAGACAAAGCCACUGUUGGAUUUGAAGUCCAAGAAGAUGGUUACAUCGCAAAAUUAAUGGUACCUGCAGGAUCUAAAGAUAUUAAAUUAGGAACUAUAUUGGCUAUUUCAACUCCAAAGAAGGAUAACGUGCCUAGUUUUACUAAUUACACUCUUGAGGGUGCUGCAGCAGCUGCUUAAACUACAUAAGCAUAGCCACCAUAAUAAUAAUAGUAAUAAUAAUAGACAAUAACUAAUGAAACACCAGUAUAAACAGUGUCUUAAUCUGGACAAAGGAUAUUCGCUUCACCACUAGCAAAGGAAUUCGCUAAGAUUAAUAAUGUCCCAUUGGAAUAUGUAAAAGGAACUGGUAUAGAUGGUAGCAUUGUCAAAAAGGAUGUCGAGAGAUUUCUUUCAUCUGGAUCAAAGCCUGAGGUUUAAUAAUAAUAAUAAGUUAUUACCCCUCCUUAAUAAUAAUAAACUUAGGCCCCAUCUUAAGAAUAACCAGCUUAAUAAACACCCCCUCCUGCUCAAGCUAAAUAAUAAACUAAACCAGCAGCUGCUUCAAAACCUGUUGCAAUCGAAGGCAAUCCUUAUGUAGACACAGAACUCACUAAUAUGAGAUUAACAAUUGCUGCCAGAUUAUUAGAAUCAAAAACCACUAUCCCUCACUAUUAUUUAACUAUGACAGUUACCAUGGAUAAAGUAUUGAAAGUACGAGAAGAAUUAAAUAAAUUAUAGAAGGUUAAAAUUUCUGUGAAUGAUUUCAUUAUCAAGGCAAGCGCAUUGGCAUUAAAGGAUGUUCCAUAAGCCAAUUCUUAAUGGCAUGGAACUUAUAUUAGAAAGUUUGCUAAUGCUGAUAUAUCAAUUGCAGUUGCCACUGAUGCAGGUCUAAUAACUCCUAUCGUUUUUAAUGCAGGCAGUAAGGGUCUUGGAACCAUUGCCUCCACCGUGAAAGAAUUAGCUGACAAGGCUAAAGCAAAUAAACUUAAACCUUAAGAAUUUAUCGGUGGCACAUUCACCAUUUCCAAUCUAGGAAUGUUCGGUAUUGAUUAAUUUAUUGCUGUCAUUAAUCCACCACAAUCAGCCAUCUUAGCAGUAGGAAAAACAAGCAAAAGAUUUGUUCCUGAUGAGCAUGGAUAACCUAAGGUUGAAAGCUAAAUGGAUGUUACAUUGUCAUGUGAUCAUAGAGUUGUUGAUGGAGCUGUCGGCGCAUAAUGGUUAUAAAGAUUUAAGUAUUAUAUUGAAGAUCCUAAUACAUUAUUGCUUUGAGCUUUAUUAAAGUUUAUAAAUAAAACAUGUAUUUAUAUAAAAAUUA